UUGGACACAACAUCCCGGAAAAGUUAAUGAUAUGCGUGAAAUUGUGAGCGCCGACAAACAUCAUCUGCGUCGUAGAGACACAGUUAUCACUUGCUGCGUCAUGAAUUCUGGAGGACUCCACGAUACUAUCGAUUUGGAGGAAAACGAUGAUAUUCAGUCAAGUGGAAGUCAUACAGAUGCCCCAGUACAACAGCCAAUGGAUGCCGACAAAGACAACAAGAUGGCACCUUCAGGGGCUCGCUCGUCCACCAAUUCAUCCCUUGAACGAGAGAUUGAAAGUGUGAAACAACAUGCCAAGGUAUUGCUUGACAGCCUUGCCAGCGAGCUGAAGACAGCGCUCGAGAAAGACGACGACAUCAUAGCCAGCCUCGCUGCCCUGCGGGAGAGAGCCCUUGGCGUGGAAGACAAUCACCGGAAGAAACUGGAUUGCAUCGAAAAGACCGUGGGCAGUGUAAUGAGUUCACUGACCACCGGCAAAUCAAAUUGAAAAGUCUGGCAUGCAAUGUGCCCGCUAGUUCUUUUUAUGUCUAAGCACCACUGAUGUUUUAAUCCUCUUCUGAUGCAUUCCACAAGAAAACGUUUGAUUAGAUAUGCGUUUCUGUACACGGCUUUAGUAGUGUCAAGGCAUGACACAUGUGCUCAGGGACCAUUGACAAACUGGGACCUGCACCCAGUGCUUUUUGUUUUGCUUUGAAUCCUUCAAUCCUGACAAAACUAAGCAAAAGAAAAAAGAAAACAAAAGAGCAAUUAACGUUACUCCCCAAAUUAGUUUUGCUCUAGAAAUACUCUCAGCAAACCAUAGCGGUUGCUAGUAGUAGUGUCAGCGUGCUCGUAAAAGAUGAAGCUUUCAUAAUUUGUUUCGGUCCCAAACUGCAACAUCAGGAGAUGAAUGUACAGUGAGCAUCUGUAUUGACAAAUAAAACUUAUCUGGGUUCUAGCACAAUCCGUGCAGCUCAUAUCCUUAACUGAAGCUCGUUUGUACCGUACGUAACAUAUACCUCGUUUCGCCUCAAAAUGGACCGUAACGGAUGCUACGAGCCAUCCCCGUCAAUCCAGCACGCUGCAAAAUGCGACUAAGCACCCUUCCUGAAGGCCAUGCGACACUAGCACGGCACUGGACUUGUUCCGAUGGCUUCUGUUGCGGUCUAUCGUGAGCUGAAAUGGGCUAUAGUCGGUUGCAAUUUAAGAAGAGGGAGAGCCUCCGUUCAUAAUAAUAUCCUGUUCAAUGCCAAGUGUGCAAAAGUCCAUUGGAUAGGAUUGAGCUUUGGGUUGCUGGGCUCUUAUUCUCACGAAACGGUACUGAAGAAUGCUGCACGACUUGAGCUAACCAAUCCGCUUGUACAUAAUGACAUGGCGACGCAGUUUCUCCCUGGGAACUCGGGGGGGGGGGGAAGGGGGGGGGGGAGCAGAGCCUUCCUGUCAUUCACACGUUGCAACGCAAGGCUUACUCAAUUUAUCUGCACCUCUGCAAAAUAUGGCAGGGCAGUGUACCUCCGGUUUGUGUAUCGAGAUAUGGCUGGAAGUAUGCCGCCCUACGCUUUUCUGCACCGGUGCAGGUAAAUCAAACAAGCUUACAGUCCAGAAAGACCAAGAUCGUCUUCACACUCGCUGGCAGCUGCUCCACCAAAUGCGCUGGCAGGGAACACAAGACAACAUGGUCAGUGACAACUUAAGAAACACGGGGCGUGUCGAGUCCAGAGCCUCUAUCGCUACGCACCCAUUGAACGAGGUUUGUGCAUUGGACGGUAAGAACACCAGAGUGAACCACGAAGCCUCAACAAAGUAAGCCAUGCCCCACAUUUCAACUGUCAGUGAUUAUAGACUGGACCAUGGGUGU